UGAUCAACGAGCAACCGCGAUUCAGGCAUAACGCACUGCACAAGCAACUAACUCCCUACUUGAACGCAGCGCAGCAAUUCUCUUUUUUAUUCAACACAGUCGUGAUCAUUGUCUCCGAGACAACAACCGGCACCAUGUCGAACCGUCAACUUUCUAGGGACAUGCAAACCGAGUUCCAGGCCCGGUUCAAUGCCAAACAAGCCCGUCGCGAGGCGCAAAAGGCUGCGAAGCAAGACAACGAACUCAAGAAGCAGAUCCAGACCCUCCUUAAAAAGGGCGAGACCGCGCAAGCCGCGCAAAAAGCCCGCAUGCUCCUCGCCAAGCAAGCCAUCGCCACACAGAUGGACCAAGCCGCCGACAUUGCCGAGCUCUCGCUGGCGCAGAUCCAGGCCAACAACGCCAUGAACCGCAUGACGACCAUGAUGUCACAGUCGUCCAAGACGAUGCAGCGGGCGCAGCGCAGCGCCAACCCGGAGAAGACGCUCCUGACGCUGGAGCAGUUCCGCUCGCAGAACGAGGAGUACGCCAUGAACAACGGCAUCUACCAGGACGCCAUGACCCAGAACACGUCGGUGCAGGUCAGCGACGACUCGGUGCAGGAGCUGCUGGGCAAGCUGGCCGACGACGCAGGGCUCGAGCUCGGCCAGGAGCUGAACGAGGCCUCCACCAGCAAGGUCGACCCUGUCAAAGAACCCGCCGAGCCGACCCCCGAGGUCGAGGAUGCGUUACAGCAGCGGCUGCGGGCACUGAGGGCUUAAUCGCUAGACGGUUUAGGGAGUUGGAUUGAAUAACAUGGGGUUUGGGGGGAUUGACGGAAUGUUGAUCUCCGGGGGUACUACAUACGAUUUAUGUACAAAGAGGGGACGUGGUAUUCGGGAUAAAUCCUCCCUGCUUUUUAGCACUGGGGGGAUUUCCACAUGGCGUUUGGGGUGCUUGGGCUCAUGACGAUCUGUUACGACGGGGCGAACGGUUUACGCUGCUACCGAUUCUUUUGGGAUAGACAUUAUGAUUAUAUCGCGGCUGCCAUUCAUCAAAUGCUCCCACCUAUUGUGCGAAACAC